AUGACAUACACAGAAAACUACAAACGACUACAAUCAAUGUUGAUAAAGUAUCCACGUGUUAUGAGAUACAUAGAUGAUACAUGGUUAAACAAGUACAAGGAAAUGUUUGUGUCUGUUUUGGUUGAUAAACAUCUCAAUUUUGGAAACAACACGACCAAUAGAGCGGAGAGUCAACAUUCCAAGUUAAAGAAAAUUUUAAACUCUUCAAACUCUAAUCUUAAUAAAUUCGUGCAACGGAUUAAUCAAGUCGUGCAAUCACAACUUACUUUGAUCUACGAAAGCUUUGAAAAUAGCUUGACUGUUCGCUACAAUCACCUCAACUUAUCGUGUUUCCAAUUGCUGCGGGGCCAUGUUUCAAACGAAGCUUUAGACAUAAUAUUAGGAGAGGUUCAAAGGUUGGGUGAUUUAAUGUUAGACUCCUCAAAUUGUGGUUGCAAACUACGUAACAGUUGUGGGUUACCAUGUGCUUGCAUGCUUUCUUUCUACUCGAUUUUAGGUGAAAGUAUACCCUUGGAUUCAAUAGAUAUCUUUUGGAGGAAGCUUGAUAUUUCAGAUACGACAUCUAUAGUUGACGACGAUAUUAAUUGCGAUGAUGUAGUGGAUAAAUAUAAAGAAAACUUCAACAAACAAUCAAAAGCCGAGAAAAUGUUUUAUAGGAGAAAGCUAGAAGAGAUAUAUGAUCCGCAUAAAACUGAUGUUGGAGAACCAACGGUUCAAAAAAACACACGUGGACGACCAAGUGUGAAGAAACAACAGAAAAAUAAAGUCAAUCCUCCAAAUCAUGCUCCUCGUAGAUGCAGCUUCUCAACCACAUCGGAGUUUAAUGGCAUGGAUUUAAAUAAAGAACCCGAAAGACAUAGCUUUUCGUGUGGGAUUGACUUAAAUGAUGAACCCCAACAGCAUAGCUUUUCGUGUGGGAUUGACUUAAAUGAUGAACCCCAAAGGCAUUAUCCAUUCCAAAUGAAUGGCAUUCCAGAUAUAUUUCAUGAUUACAUCGACGAUAUACAUGAUGUAGAAGGUGAUGGAAAUUGUGGGUUUCGAGCGGUAGCUGUUUGUUUGGGGUAUAAUGAAGAUCAGUGGCUUUAUAUUCGAAAACAAUUGCUUGAAGAAUUAGAGAGUCAAUAUUACGCAUACCAUAGAGUUUUUACUUACGGGUUCAAUGAGGUAUACCGGUCAUUAUGUUGGUUUCAGUCACCUGCACCUUCCCGACGACAUUGGUUGCAUAUGCCUUUGACUGUUACUUGA